CUCGCCAAAUAUUCUUCAUCUCUGCUUUCAGUAAGAAUCACUCUCCAUCGUCAGAUCUAGGCCAUGGAUCCCAUCGACGUGGCCACAAUUCCCAACUGCCACGUGGUGGCCAUGCCCUCCCCAGGCCGUGGCCACAUCAACCCCAUGAUGAACGUCUGCAAGCUCCUAUCAUCCAAUCAAGACCUAAUCAUAACCUUUGUGGUCACUGAGGAGUGGCUCGGCUUCAUCGGCUCAGCCCCGAGGCCAUCCAACAUACGUCUCCGUUCCAUACCCAACGUCAUCCCAUCAGAGCUGAUCCGUGGGGCCGACAUGGUCAGCUUCUUUGAAGCCGUCUACACCAAGAUGGCUGAUCCAUUCGAUCAGCUCCUCGAUCAGCUUGAUCAGCCGAUCAGCUGGAUCAUAACUAGUACUUACUUGACGUGGGCCGUUGAGAUCGGCAAUCGGAGGAAUAUUCCAGUGGCAUCGCUGUGGACGAUGUCGGCGGCCGUAUUUUCCAUCCUCUAUCACAAUGAUCUGAUCAUGUCCAAUCUUCAUUUAACGGCUGGUGAUGACUUAUCAGAAAGAAGAGGAGAGCUGCUCGACUACAUCCCAGGCAUCAAUUCCAUUAAAGUAAGAGAAUUGCCGACCCUUUUCCUACCAAAAGGUGCAAAAUCCCCAGGUCGAGGCUUAGGAGCCGUCCAAUGUGUGUCGAAAGCACAAUGCCUUGUGCUCACUUCCUUUUACGAGCUUGACACUCAUGCAACGGACACCCUAAGAGCAAUACUCCCAAUCCCCAUAUACCCUGUGGGGCCCACCAUCCCAUACAUGUCCCUCCAGGAAAAAUCUCUGGACGGCGGGGAUCGCGGCCACGUGGACUACUUCAAUUGGCUUGAUUCUAGACCAAAAGGCUCCGUGCUAUACGUGUCAUUGGGCAGCUUUUUGCCCAUCUCUGGUCCACAGAUGGAUGAAUUUUUCUCAGGGUUAAACUUAAGUGGGGUCCAUUUCUUGUGGGUCGUACGUGGCGACGCCGGACACCUACGAGAGGCCACGAAAAUCAACGGUGAGAUUGGCUUAGUAGUACAAUGGUGUGACCAAUUAAGGGUCUUGUGCCAUCCUUCCAUUGGGGGCUUCUUGACACAUUGUGGGUGGAAUUCUACUAUGGAAGGCGUCUUCGCGGGUGUGCCGAUGAUCACAUUUCCGCUAUUAUUUGACCAAAUCACUAAUGCUAAGUGGAUAGUGGAACAUUGGAAAGUCGGCAUCAGAUUGAAAAAUGAAAACGAAGAGGAGAAUAUAGUAAAGUCUGAUGAAAUUGCUAGGGCCGUGCAUAGAUUGAUGGACUUUGAUGGAGAUGAGAGUAAAGAACUGAGGAGAAGAGCUCGAGAACUGCAAGAGUCCUGCAAGAGAGCGAUAUCUCCGGGCGGCUCAUCUGUUGCUAGCCUCGAUGCCUUGGUUAGACAUGUUGUUAGAGGCCGCAACAAUUAAGUGAUUGUCGGCAAUCAAAUGUUGUUUAAUUAGUUUAAUAUUGUAAUUAAUGAUCCACUUGAGAUUGUUAUAAAUUUAGAAAUUAUCCAAUUACUAAACUGUAAUAUAGCUAUGUAUUGCACUCUCUACCUCUUUAGAAUCAUGAAUGGUUCAAAUUGUUGGUUGAAGAGUCUUGACCGUUUAUUAAUUCCAAGCUUUGUUUGAAAAUAUCGAUUUUUUUUUCAUACUUAAUACUUAGAUGAUAACAUU